AUGCGCGUCUGUCUCCUCAUUGCGGUCGUCGCACUGCUGUUAGCAUCAAGGGCAGGAGCUAAGAAACCGCGGGUGGAUGCCGCGGCCGCUGGGGGAGCUGGUGCGGACAUCAUCGUGGCAAAGGACGGAACUGGCCAAUAUACUACCAUCCAGGAAGCAUUCACCGCGGCGAGAUCGGGAAAUCGCAACCGUUUCUUCGUUAUCUUCAUCAAGGCUGGGAUCUACGAGGAACAGCCCACGCUGCCCGCGAACCUCCGGUUCAUUGGACUGGUGGGCGAGAGGGCCGGCAGCGGCGUGAAGAUAACGUCGUCGGGAGCGGCGGGCGACUCGAGUCUGGACGAGUGCGCGACGUUUCGGCUGCUGGCCUCAGACGUGGUCAUCUCCAACAUCAUCUUCGAAAACGCGCACGGACCGGGCGAGCAGGGCGGCGACGAGGACCAAGCCGUGGCGAUGAAGGUGGCCGGCACGCGAGUGGCCUUUUACGGAUGCACCUUCCUCGGAUACCAGGAUACUCUUUACGCUACAAUCGGCCUGCAAUACUACAAGAAUUGCAGUACGUACUUCCACCCAAGCCCUGCUUUGCCGCCUUGCUCGUGUCUCUUCCGCCUAUCUGCGCAUGCGUCUUCCCAUGCAUCUCAUCUCUUUUCCCGCCUCCCCCGCCUCCUCCGCUUCCCCCGCCAACCCCCACUCCCCGCCUCUCACAAUCCGCCAGUCAUCCAGGGCCGCGUGGAUUUCGUGUUCGGCAAUGCCAAGGCUCUCUUCCACGACUGCAAGUUCCGCCUUGUCUACUGGGGCGGCGGCUACUUCGCGCAGGCGCGCGACAAGGGCCAGGACACCGGCUUCGUUGUCCUGGGAGGCUCCUUAAAGCCCUUUGGAAAAGGGCCUAUUAAACCCGGGUAUCUCGCGCGGUCGUGGGGGGAUUACUCCACUGUUGUUUUCGUCAAUACGAUGUUCGCCGCUGGAUCGGUUAGGGCCGAGGGCUGGGGUUUCGUGAGCGGUUACGAGGAUACGGAUUCUCUCACGUUCGGCGCGUACGGGUGCUACGGACCGGGUUACAAUACGACGGGAUGGGAGUCUUUCGCGAAAGUGAUGACUGCUGCCGAAGCGGCGCCUUAUUCGUCAAUCAAUUACGUGAAUCAGGGAGGCUGGAUUGUAGACCCUAACGCACUGGUUCGAGGCGUGGGAGGAUUGGUCAACAACGGGAACGGCAAGGGCGGCGGCCGAAAAAAACCAGCUGCUUCUCCUACGCCUGCCACCACACCUUCUCCCAAGCCUGUGCCUACCAAGCCGUCUUCCAAGCCUGGUCCUAAGCCUGCUCCCAAGACCGCUCCCGUGCCUGCUCCUAAGACUGCUCCCGUGCCUGCUCCUAAGACUGCUCCCGUGCCUGCUCCGAAGGCGAGUGGUUCUGCCCCGAACAAAGGGACGGGGAACGUUCCGGCUAGUUCUGGUGGAAGGGGGAAGAAACGCGGACCCGUUGCUGACGGUGCGUCUGGUACCCCCGGCGGGCAGACGGGGGGAGGAAAACCUGUUGCCUCGGUAUCCCCACCUGCUCCUAAGACAAACGGUAAUGGGCGUGAUCGUCAUAAGCCAGCUGGAGUGGGUGGAGGGUCGAAGAAGGGGAAUUCGAGUAGAGGAAAUGGGGCGAAUGGUAACAAGAACAAGGAUGACGAUGGUGACGACGAUGACGAUAACUGA